AUGAUUGGCAUUGUCGUUUGGGUGCUUCCGUGGGUAUUCUCUCUUUUAUCCUUCUGGCUUCCUCUCCUCCUUUCGGUGAAGGCAUUGGCAAAUCCGGUCCAGCAUCAGCUCCAUUUCUUGCUAACGUAUUGGCUUGUGUACAUUGUGCAAUCAUAUGUGCAAAAAAUCCUCUUUGGGCUUCUUCCCGUUCCCGCCUGGAGAAUUGCCUUUGACCUUCUGUCCUUGUGGAUGUUUUAUUGUCGUGGCUGUCUUGUAUUGUCAAGCCAUUUUUUGCCAGGCGCCAUGCGCAGUGUUUCGGGUUUCACUUCCUUUGCGCAGUUCGAAUCUACAUGGCUAGAUCCGCAAGGCGAAUGGAUCGUGAGGAAUAAAGAGACAAUUGUUCGCUUUGCAUCGUGCCUUCCGAAGUCUGUUUCAAAUCCAAUAAUUCACUUUACAAAAGAAGCUAAGAAAUCGUAUGCCGCCGGGAACCGAUCAUUACUUCUGUUUGGAUUGGCCUUCUUUUGCUAUCCUGAGCUGGCUCAAGAGGUCAAGGCGCGCGUCGUACUGAGCCAGCGCGUGCUAGAUUCGUUGCGCCCCGGAAAAAGAGGCGAAGGAAAAAGAUGGCCCGCGCCGCCUCUUUCUGACGACCCUCCAGCUAAAGUUUCAGGCGCGCGCCUGAAUCUCAGAGCUGCCAGUUACAGUUGA